GAAAGCCCCGCCCUGCAAACACUUGCAAUGCAUGAGUGAACUUCAACUGUCAAAAGUGGAGGACACAUUAGCUUUUGAGCUGGGCGGUUUCCAAUUAUAAACAUCGCCUUUGUACGUGAUCGCACACCAAGACGCUGUAGGUGUGAUCGAGGCGCAAUUUGUGCUCAAAGCGCUGGAUUGCACGGAGGCUGACGAUCGGGAGGGGAAACGAGUGCCGUCCUAGAAGUGAACAAGUUCUAGGCUGUUUUGGGGGCCGAUUGUUGCCAAUAUGUCCACGAAUCCCACAUUUGUGAGUCCAUUCCACAGACCCCACUGUUUGGCCGCCGCCGCUCCCCCAGCAGGAAAAGCCAAACUCACCCACCCUGGCAAAGCCAUUCUAGCAGGUGGUAUUGCUGGAGGAAUAGAGAUCUGUAUUACAUUCCCUACAGAGUAUGUGAAGACUCAGCUGCAGUUGGAUGAGAAGGCCAACCCUCCCAGAUAUAAAGGCAUUGUUGACUGUGUGAAGCAGACGGUAGAUGGUUAUGGGGUGAGGGGUCUGUACAGAGGGCUCAGCUCAUUGCUCUAUGGCUCCAUACCCAAAGCAGCUGUCAGGUUUGGUGUGUUUGAGUUCCUCAGUAAUAAGAUGCGUGAUGAGAGUGGGAAGCUGGACAGUACCCGGGGUCUUCUCUGUGGGCUGGGAGCUGGAGUGGCUGAGGCUGUGGUGGUGGUCUGCCCCAUGGAGACGGUCAAGGUAAAGUUUAUCCAUGACCAAUCGUCAGCCAACCCAAAGUACCGGGGAUUCUUCCAUGGAGUCAGGGAGAUCGUCAGAACAGAAGGUCUGAGGGGGACGUACCAGGGUCUGACAGCCACGGUACUGAAACAGGGAUCCAACCAGGCCAUCCGCUUCUACGUCAUGACAUCUCUAAGGAACUGGUACAAAGGUGAUGACCCUAACAAGGCCAUUAACCCUCUGGUCACGGGAGCAUUCGGAGCCUUCGCUGGAGCUGUCAGUGUGUUUGGAAACACUCCUCUGGAUGUCAUCAAAACCAGGAUGCAGGGUCUGGAGGCUCACAAGUACAAAAACACCCUGGACUGUGCCGUCAAGAUCAUGAAGCAUGAGGGACCUAAAGCGUUCUAUAAGGGUACAGUCCCCAGGCUGGGCAGGGUGUGUAUGGACGUAGCCAUCGUCUUCAUAAUCUACGAGGAGGUGGUGAAGGUCCUUAACAAAGUUUGGAAGACGGACUGAGAUCACGUGUCCGUGACAACCAGUGGAGUGGAGAACCCCUGGCAGGGCGGGGCUAUGGCCUGAUUCCAAACCCAAUCCCUUUGCCCUUUCCUUAGGUUAUCCAUGACUUGCUACCUCCUUACAGAUCUGACAUGGCUGGUUAUAUUUCAUUACAAAAAAGUUGGUCUCUGUCCGCUGCCAUUGUUUGCUUAGUCAGUUGGAAUGAAAUGCAGCCAUGAUAGGUGUAAACAAUCUGGGGAUGAGUGCACUUCGCCUAUGAUCCUAUUGGGGAUACUACUAUCAUAUUGUUUAUACCUACAUCCUCUGUUCUUCUUUAUAUCCACAGGGGGAAGUGAGCAAGGGCACAUGGGUAUGGUGAGAUGAUUUGGCCUAUAUGACUGGAAUAAUGGGAACACUGUAUCAUUCCAGAGAAGUGUCUUAGACCGACAGUGCUUCAGUUCACUAAUGGCUAUUAUUAACAUCUUAUGUUGUACAUUAACAUUCAUCAAAGAUGAAACAAUACUUAUAGCUAAAACCCAAUAUAAUGUGAUGUAAAUCAAAGGAAAAAACUUGAAAUGAGAGAGGAGGAGGAUCAAAGGCUUUUAACUCCAAAGACCAUGUUGUAUAUUUAGCAUGAUGGUGUGACCCAGUGAAAUGGGUCUGGUAGAGAAGUGGAGGCCGUCGUUCAUACACAUGAUAGCACGACAACAGACAUGCCUGUUCACGUGUCACAUGGGUGUUGUUUUCCAGGUUUAAUGCAGGUCUGAAAUUUAGCUGCUUUACAUACCUGAGUGCAAUUACAACACAAUGCCUUAUAUAUCAUUAUAUUCAGAGAUAUCUUUAUGGUAGAGAGCUACUAUAUGUACAGUGUCGUGAAAAAGUAUUUGCCCCCUUUCUGAGUUUCUCUAUUUUUGCAUAUUCUUUUAUACUGAAUGUUAUCAGAUCUUUAACCAAAAGGGAACCUGAGUUUUCAAAUAACAAAAAAUUUAUACUUAUUUAACAUUUUGCUUACUGGGACUUCUCAUUUUGCGAGGGGCAGCAUUUUGUGGUCUCGCCUAGGGCGGCAGAAAAGCAAGGACUGGCCCUGCUUCCAAGAGUCUUGAUGAUCUUCCAGGUGCUUUUUGGCAAACUUGUCAACUUUUUGGAGGACAUCGGUCUGUAUAUGCCUAGCAAAAACCAAACCAGGCAUUCCAUAGUAAGAACCUUACACCAACGGUCAAUCAUAGGAGUCUAGGUGUAAUUUAGAUUUUGGCCACCAGAGGCAGCAGGGGUUCAAACUGUAGAACCCAGUUCCAACAUUUUAAUAUAAAAAUUGACUUUAUCAAACAAAACUAUGCUACAUUUUAUCUCUUGGACCUUAAGUAUGACAAAUCAGAGUAAGAUUACUGAAUGUAAGUACAUUUAUUUACCUUCAGAGGUGAAUGUAUCAAACCAGUUGCUGUGAUAAGUGUUUUGUUGUUGUGCACUCAAUAAAUAGCAUGGUCUUUUUUUUUACUGUAAAUUGGACACUGCAGUUAGAUUAACACUAAUUGAAGCUUCCUGCCCAUAUAAUAUAAGACAUGUCUAUGUCCUCGAAAGUUGGCUGUUGUUUACAACGUCAUUCUAGUCACAUUAGCUCACGUUAACAACAACCGUCCCGGUUUAGGGAAGAGUGGGCCAAAAAUCCUCCACAGCGACGUGAGAGACUGAUCAAGAACUACAGGAAAUGUUUGGUUGAAGUCAUUGCAGCUAAAGGUGGCACAACCAGUUAAUGAGUGUAAGGGGGCAAUUACUUUUUCACACAGGGGAAUUCAGUGUUGCAGCAUAAUUUUGUUCAGGAAAUAAGUAAUUAAUUGUUGUUAUUUGUUUACUCAGGUUCCCUUUAUCGUGUAUUAGGUUUUGGUUGAAGACCUGAUAACAUUCAGUAAAAUUAGAAAGGGGGCAAAUACUUUUUCACAGCACUGUAUGUAGUAGUAUAAUAUUAAUUGUUAAAAUAAGAACUCAGUUUUUAAUUACUACCCAUUCUUAUUCUAUGGUUCUCAUAACCCUGUUUUGGCAUGGAAUUAAGAAUGAGAAUCCUAAUUAAAUAGUAUUUUUAAUAGGAUCUCUGUUUUUUGGUGUCUGUCGAAUACAGAGAUGAACAUGUUGUACAGUAUACUCAGACAUUCUGCAGAAUGAACCAACACUUUUCAAGUGAAUUAAAAAAAAACUGACCAAGAUUGAGAUGGUGAGGGACUUUGCAGUUGUAAAUGUGAACCAUCAGAAAUAUAUUUACACAAUGAUUGUUUGUGCCUGCAAAUGUAGUUUAUGAUGGUUCUAGAAAUCUGGUAUAACAUCUCUAGUGCUACUAAUGUCUAACAUUGAAAUGAUUCAUGUUGCAUGUCUUACCUGGGUCAGUUAUUCCUCACUGACUUACAGUAUGAUACAAUAACACUUAAUCAUUGUUUUUAAAGUGUUAAUUUGAUAUAGACAGUAACACAGUGCAAUGAUGCCUUGCUGAGAUGUUUAUCAAAUCUACUGGUACUAGUUGACAGUAUAGCUUACCAGGCCAUCUUUGUAAUGCAGCCUUGAUUAACUCAAUGUGAUGAGAUAUUGCCUGGUAAUGUUACCUGCCAGUUAUAGAGUAGGUAUAAAUGCCCUUGGAUUUACAAUUAAUUCAUACAUAUUUUCCUGGUAGUGUUAGUGGAGGGGGUGGGGACACCAAUUUUUAUUUAAGAUGUCUAGAUGUAUCUUUUGCAAAACCUAAUAGACAUUUUUCAUGAAACAAUUCAUUUGCCACUGUCAUGGUCUGCCCAAUGUAAGACACAUCUAUUUUUUAUGCUCCAAGACAAGAUCUUAUGUAAGCAUGUUUUAUUGAAAGACCGUGCACAGUCAUUGCAGAUUGUAGUGCCUGAGAGACAUUUGUAGCAUUUGCAUUUGGGAUUUUGAAUAUGCCAUGUGUGCAUUAAAGAGUGUAACAGAUUGUAUACAAGA